AAAUCUUUCCCUCUAUUUCUCUGCAAAUAUGCUUUUAACAGUGAAAGAUUAAGGCGCUGGUCGUUUACUCUCCAUUGUUACAGAUUCAAGCCAUCACCGAAUCAGCUACAGGGAUGGGAAUACAAGGGCUUUUGCCUCUAUUGAAAUCGAUUAUGGUACCAAUCCAUAUCAAGGAGCUCGAGGGCUGUUGCGUGGCUAUCGACACCUAUUCUUGGCUCCACAAAGGAGCCUUGUCUUGCAGUACUGAACUCUGUAAAGGAUUACCCACCUCCAGGCACAUUGAGUAUUGUAUGCAUAGGGUAAAUUUGCUACGACAUCAUGGUGUUAAACCGGUUCUUGUUUUUGAUGGAGGUCUUCUUCCAAUGAAGAUUGAACAAGAGAACAAGCGAGCAAGGGCAAGGAAGGAAAAUCUUGCACGAGCAAUUGAACAUGAAUUAUGUGGAAAUUCUACUGCUGCUUAUGAGUGCUACCAAAAAGCUGUUGACAUUUCACCCUCAAUUGCACACAAACUAAUCAUGGUCUUAAAGCGGGAGAAUAUAUGUUAUGUUGUGGCACCUUAUGAGGCAGAUGCACAAAUGACUUUCUUGGCUAUCAGCAAACAGGUCGAUGCAGUAAUCACCGAGGACUCUGAUCUUAUACCCUUUGGCUGUCCUAGAGUGAGUUUUUAUCUAAUGCAGGUUAUCUUUAAAAUGGAUAAGUUUGGGCAAGGUGUUGAGUUCAAGUCUUCGAUGCUACGGCAAAACAAGGAGCUAAGCUUUGCCGGAUUCACUAAACAGAUGCUGCUCGAGAUGUGUAUUCUUAGCGGUUGUGACUAUUUGCAGUCACUGCCAGGAAUGGGUCUGAGAAGGGCCCAUGCUCUGAUUAAAAAGUUCAAAAGUUAUGACAAGGUGAUUAAGCACUUGAGAUACAGCACUGUUUCAGUUCCUCCUUUUUAUGAAGAAUCAUUCAAGAAAGCGAUAUUAACAUUUCAGUGCCAACGAGUCUAUGAUCCAAUCACUGAAGAUAUUGCACAUUUAUCUGACACAUCCGACGACAUUGGUGAUGAUUUGGAGUUGGACUUUUUAGGCCCGCCGAUACCUCAACAAAUAGCUCAAGGCAUUGCAAGAGGUGAACUUGAUCCAUUUACGCAAAUGCCAUUUCCGGGUGUCGGUGAUAGUUCUCAGCUGGUGCCCGACAGAAAUUUACAGCUGAAAAGUUUUAAGCCUGAGAGUGAAAGAAGGCUAGAUUUGCCUGUGCAGAAGAACCUUCUGACCAACUAUUUCUGCUUUGCAUCUCUUGAAGCAAAAAGAAACUUCAAGGCCCCUCGGGUAUCGCCUAAGCAGUCAAGUAUGGUAGCUAAUGCUUCUAUCUGUCCUGACAAACACGUUACUGCAGAGGAUGCUUCUUGCAAUACCCUGUUGUCAACCUCACUCGACUCAAAGAAUACUUACAACAUUGAAGAAAAUGUCUUCAUUUCUGAGCUUUCUGAGUAUGCAGCAUCUCCAAAUCCUGAAGCCAGGCCGGAUGAGAUUAGAAGCCAAGACCUUGUGUUGCCGCAAGAAUCUGAUCAGCCAACACAUAGACCUUCUCCAGCUUCACAUGAGUAUAAUUAUAGUACUCUUGCACAUGCGUCUAAAAGUAAAACAAUAACGGAUAACAAAAAGAGCAUUGUAAGAAGUCGGUACUUUCACAAGAAGCAAGUUGACACAAAUGACCAAGAAGAUAAACGAGUAAACUUUUGUGGCAAGGAUAAUACCAUUCAGUUCCCCGAGACUAGCAUUCCUGAUAGUUAUGGGAAUAACUAUUUUAAAGGAACGGCUUUGAAAAGAAAAAAAUCCUCGCUUGAAUAUGAUGAACUGGAAAAUGUGAAUCCCCAGCAAAUCUACAUGGAUGCAUCCCAUGAUGAUACUGGUGAUCAUGAUCCUAAUAUCGAAACGUUUGUGGAGACGAAAGCUGGAGAUGCAAAAUUUGGAUCCAACAUUUCACAUUUAGGCCGUUACUCAAACGUAGCAGAGAAAUCCAUGGAAAGAUUUGUUUCAGUAAUAUCAUCAUUUAGAUUCUCAUCACCCGGUUCUCGUGCCAGUGGUCUUCGAGCCCCUUUGAAAUAUGCUCAGAACACAUGUAUCAAUAGGUCAUCUGCUGCUGUAGAUCUUAACCAGUUUGCGUAUGUACCGAAAAACAAGAAGGCCACAUUGGCAUCUCGGAGAUUUUAAGUUUCGGAAAAAUAUUUCCCCGGCAUUGCAGGCAGCAGGAUUGUUAUUGUUCAUUUAUAUGGAGCUCUCCUGACUGAAGAAAAUGGCAGCAACGUUUGGUUUUACAAUUGUUAUUGUUCAUUAAAAUUACAUUCUUGGCUAAUA